CUUGUUCCUCUUUGUAAAAAUUUCUCUUUUAUAUUCUAUCAUAUAUUGUGAAGUGAAUUACUCGAACUUAUAUAUUCGUCUAUUUGCUACAACCGUCUUCUUGACUCAGUACUUCCACUCUACCAAUAGCUCGCUCUAUCCUGAGCUGUCAAAAGCUCCCAUUCGUCAAUCACACCCUCAAGCCGCCGCCUCGUUUUAAGAGUUCACGCAGGCACCUACUAGAAGUUAUUGCCUUCAGUGGCAUAUACGACAAAAUGUCGGACAGGCACGUGAGAUUUCAGAUUUCAACCCCCUCAAGAGGGUCACCAAAAGGUUACCGCAGCCGCGAACUAGCACACGACUCAGGAGUGGGUUCGUCAUCUAGUGAUCAAGCUAGCGUUGGCGGAAGACCUGAUCGUAGAUUCACAGCUGAAGACUACGAAGACCAACUCUACAGCGUCGGUGCUCUUCAAGAAGCACUAGGCCAGGCCAAUAAGAAAGUCGAACAUUAUCAAAAGAAGUGUACCGACUUGGACACUGAGUUAACUAGAGCCCACAGAGUCAGCCGAGACACGGACAGACUCUACCGUGAAGAAUGCGAACGCAAUGAGAGACUACAACGGACCAACAAAAAUCUUGAGGAAGAGAGAGAUGCACAGAGAGAGCAAAUCAAGGAGCUCAAAGCUGCCUACGAUGAAAUGAGAGAUGAGCGCGAUGACUAUCGACAACUAUAUCACACAGCAGUAGAUCCUAUCAUAGACAGCAACAUGAGAGGCGGCUCUGGCGAACCUCCCUCUCCUCGACUGAGACGCUCAACAAGUAAACACGAUAGGGACCACAAAGAACUCAAGAGUACGGGCAGAAGAUAUCCAGAUUAUAGGGACGAGAAGACUGGUUCCUCGCGCCAUCAUCGCCGAAGUUCCAGCAUCAAUGUCAACCCAAGCUCGAGUGUCCGCUCGAGCAGCAAGAGACCAUAUAUCGAGAAGAUGCCUAGCCCGACUUCGAGGCACUCGGGAAAUUAUACCACUUAUGCCUCGGACCCUCUUGCAGACCCAGCACUAUACUCUACUGUUCCAAGAAUUUCUACGGCGACACAGGCGGCCUAUCACGGCGUGAAUGAUGUUGCCACUGGAAAUUAUGUUCCAUAUCCUAUACACGAACGGGGACGUCGAAGACCUUGAGAUCACUAUUAUCCAAAAUCCCAACAUUUAUCCGCACAUAAAAAAAAUCCACCAUCCUUAUCAAUGCGGAAGCCAGUACCCGUUCCCUCAUAACACCAAACCCAUCAUUCAUGGCCACGAAACCUGCCACUAGGAUUUUUUUAACGGCAUGUAACAUCAUCUUGUGAUACCAAAACUUCUUCGAUGGAAUCGCCAAGGCAUUUUCCCACGACAUCAAGGCCGACAACAAGGCAGAAG